AUGGUACGUGUUGACGGCGAGCACUCGCAGAAUCCCUGUCCCGGCAGCACCGGGCUUUCUCCUGCGCACGCUCCUGUGCCAACUCUAGGGGAGAAGCGGGACGAGGGGUUUCAGUUUCAGUGCGGUAGGAACAUAUCCCAGUUCUCCCAAGGCCAAGUGAAUCCCUCCCUCAGGCUGCCCGUCUACUCUCCAGGAAACAAAGACCUGAAGGGGAACUUUCUGCUCGCGCCCUCCGUCCACAAGGCGGCGCUGUGGCGAGGCCCGCUGGGUACGCGGGGCGGGGCGAUGGGCGGGGCGCGGCGCGGAUCCCCGCGGGACGCGGCGGCAGAGGGUGAGCGGCGGCGCCGAGUCCGGGGGGGCGGGGGAGAGCGGGGCGGCGCCGGCAGAUGGCGGUGGUCGUGCCGUGCGGAGCCGCGCGGCGCGGGCUGGGCCGGCCGCGGGACCGCGGGGAGGCGAGCGGAGGUGAGAAGAAUGAGCCCAGUGCCGGAGGAGCUCAGCCUGGUGCCCCUGCACCAGCACCCCGAGCUGCUGGAGGCCUGUGCCGAGCUGCUGGCUGAGGAGUGGGGCAAGAGCCGGGUGCUGCGGCUGCAUGCACUGCAGCGCUCCUCCGACGCCUUCCCCACCUGCCUGGCACUGCUACGGGCACCAGCCCCUGCCGAGCCCGCCUGCCCCCGUUGCCUGGUGGGACACGUCCGGCUGUCGCGUGUGGCCGGGCAGCCUAGCGGCCUCUUUGUGGAGAGCGUGGUGGUGGCACGGGCACUGCGGGGCAGAGGCUACGGGCGGCAGCUGAUGGAGGCCACCGAGCGCUACGCCCGGGCCCGAGGCUUCCGCCGCCUGCACCUCAGCACUCACGACAAGCAGGAGUUCUACGCCCACCUGGGCUUCGUCCCGGCUGAGCCGGUGCAGAUCGUGCCCUUCCUAAGCCCCGCCAUGCCUGCUGCGGCUCUGCGGGCCUUCGCUGUUCCUCCCAGCCGCAUCGCUGCCGCCCCGGCGGUGCCCGCAGCCCCCCGGCCCCCCCUGCCGCCUCCUGCUGUUCCCCCACCACCCCCUCUGCCACCCCUGUCCCGGGCAAGCGGGGCCCCAGCUGAGGGCGGUGGGCAGAGCCCGCAGGAGAGCCCCCACCGUGAUGCCAGGGGGCUGCCCAUCUUCUGGAUGAAGAAGGACAUUUGAGGCCGCUGGGCACAGCCGGUGAUUAAAAGCGAGCU